AUGGACCUAGCCCAAAUAUUUCAAGAGAUCCACCCAACACCAACAACAAAAGCGAACCCAUUCCGGCCUUCCCAUCCCUCCCCAACGCAGCAGGCCGUCAAGGCCUCAAAGCGAUCAUUCCCUCCCGUCCUUGACUCGCUUCGCCUCCUUCCACCAGCGCCGUCCCGCGCCGCACCUCGGUCCAACCCCUCCCGCGACCUGACGAUCUACCCGCCUCGCCCUCCCUACUUCUCCGCCUCGCUUUCUCGUCCGUGCCCCCUCCACCGCCGCCUCUUCGCUGCGCUACGCCUCCGUUUGGCGCCGCCGCUUCAUACAUCAAGAUACAGAAUCGAGAUUGCUGGCCCACCUGCAGCGAAACUUUGGCAAAAUGGAUCCUCGUGCCGUUGGCUUGGAACACCAGUUUUAUUAACCCUUAUAAAUUUACAUGAUUUAGGAUGUUGUAACAUAUUUGCUGGAUUUUUCGUUAAACAGUUUAUACUGGAAAAAAUGGAAAAUAAUUCCUGUGUUCCAAACUAACUUUAUGGUGCAUCUUGUUGGUAAGAAAAAUAGUAUUAGGGCAUGUAAUUUUAAGCUGUGUUGCGAUGCCCGCAACUGAGAAGUAUGCUUUACCAGGAGCUACAUGUGCGGAAUAUUAUACAGCUAAUUUUACGUUGAACACUGCAACUGUAAGUCCACAAACUUAUAGGUGCAUUUGAUUGGACAAACAACUGGAAUGU